AUGGAAAUUAGUUUGGACAGAGAGGUGUCCAUGCUGGUAGCUGUUAGCGAGCGUAGAAGAAAUGCUGGUAUGUUGUAUCUAAACGCGGUGGUCGUGAACCCGGGUUCAAGCUUUACGAUCGCGCUUACAGCUGGAUCCGCCGCGAUAUCGUUUACCAGCAACACCAAUGCAAUUACACAAUGGAGUAGUAACGGCCAAUAG